CAAACUCAAGGUGGAUCAGAAGAUCCAAAGAAGUCUGCCAUGCUUGCGAAGUGCUGUCGGGCUCUAUCUCCUCUGUCAUUAUUCUCCGGCGACCUUCCGUUGAAAGAUGAUGCUCGACCACUCUACUCACAAAGAGUCCCGGGGAUUUGGCUGGAUAAGCGCCAUGUGCAAUGGAGAAGCACCCUUCCGGGGUCCCUGUCACGACCACCACCGUGCUAGCUCCCCAAGUGCAAUCAUAGGGAUAGUCCAGGCAGAGACAGAUGAGUUGAUCCUCUUGAGCCCCUGGAGCCAGGGCCAAGAUCAGCAGGAGGGGCUCAGAGUAGGGCAAAGCCAAGGAAGGGAUGAUAUAAACCACUGGACCCGCCCUUCCUCACCGAAGAGAAAACUCUUUGCAGAGGUGGUUUAUCUGGCAGCGACCUUUACCAUGGGCACUUUCUGGACCGUGGAAGUCGUCCAAGUUCAAGUUGACUGUCCUUCGAUUCUGCUACUUGGCUCGCCUUUUGCUUGGCGGUGGCUGAACAGGGUCGGUGUGGCUUGGGAGGUACAGUACAGUAAGUCAAUGUGGCGUCGGUAUACGAUGUCCAACCUGCAUCCAUCUGCCUGGCCGACUCAUGCUCUCCCUCCCCUCACUCAAUCAUGAAGGCUAUCUCUGCAUCAAGAUACUUCUAGAGCAUACCUAUUACUGCGACAACGUUGAUCGAUCGCUCCGCAAGCCUAGCUGACCGCAGUAUCUGGCGGCGAUAACCGGAUGGCGCAAGCAAGAAGGCCAACUUACUGCUGAGGCCUUUCCCCAGGAGACGUGCAGUAACUACAAGGUAGCCGCCCUCGUCACAUCUUCAGCCAGCUUGGGCAUCGAG